AUGGAUUCCAGAGAUAAACACGAAUUGUCCACUUUGUCCGCCAGAGCCCAAGCAUGCGCCAAUCCCGACAAGUUCGACAAUCCCAUCUGGGACAUCAUCCUCAAUUUAUGGCAUCCCGAAGAAAAUCCAGACGGUUUCGUCAGUGUCGGCGUGGCCGAGAAUACCCUCAUGCAUGCCGAACUGCAAGAGCAUGUUAUGAACAACGUCAAAAUACCCCAGCGCGCGUUUACGUACGGCGACGGUCCUCUGGGAUCCACGCGAUUGAGGAGGGCUGUGGCCCGAUUCCUCAAUCGACGGCUCCAUCCCGUGGUACCGCUUGAGAUGGAACAUAUUAUUGUCACCAACGGCGUCUCCUCCGGCAUCGAACACACAUCGUGGGCAUGUUGCAAUCCGGGGGAUGCGUUUUUACUCGGCCAGCCGCAUUACGGUGCCUUUGUCCCCGAUAUCGCCUUGCGACCCGGGGUGGAGGUUGUCAAGGUGCAAUUCGGCACUAUCGAUCCCAUGAGCGUGGAGGCCGUGGAACAGUACGAGUCGGCGCUCUUGGCUGCCAAAGAGCGCGGAGUUCGAACCCGGGGAUUGAUGCUGUGUUCGCCACACAAUCCUUUAGGCAGAUGCUACUCCCGCGAAGCUCUUGUGGCAUACAUGCGUCUCUGUCAGAAAUACCAGAUCCACCUUGUUAGCGAUGAGAUCUACGCCUUUUCCACCUGGAAAAAUCGUCACCAUACCCACCCCGUGCCCGUUGAAUUCACUUCGGUGUUAUCUGUCCCCUUGGACGGGAUUAUCGAUCCGGCGCUCGUCCACGUAUUAUGGGGCAUGAGCAAAGAUUUUGGCGCCAACGGUCUCCGAGUGGGAUAUAUCAUCUCCCAGCACAAUCAAGCCUUCCGGCGAGCCUUACUCGACGUCGCCAUCUACUCCUACGCCUCUUCCGUAUCGGAACAUAUCGCGGCCAACAUUCUCGAAGACGACGUAUGGGUGGACCGUUACAUGAAGACGAACCAAGCUCGACUGGCCGACUCGUACAACUUCGUCGUGAAUUUCCUCGAACAGCAUCAUAUUCCCUUUUGGCCAGGGGGGAAUGCGGCGUUUUUCCUCUGGGUCGAUCUCGGCAUGGCGUACGUGGAAAGAAAUCCAGAAUGGAAAACAUCGGGGAAACCCGACACGGCCCUGACGGCGGAAAUCAUGCAAUUAUUACUCAAGAACAAGGUGUUUUUAGCAAGUGGGAUCUACUUUGGUGCAGAAACUCCUGGCCUUUUCAGAAUUGUUUUCAGCCACCCGAAACCCCUCUUGGAGGAGGCACUGAAGAGGAUCAUGAAGUCGAUUGGGGAAAGUGAGAUGAGUGGUCCAUGGCCGAGAAGUAAAUUAUAG